AAAAUAUACUACUAAAAAACAUAUCAUUUAUUUUGGAUUAAUAAUAUACAAAUAAAUAUUUUUUUUCCUGCAAGAAAUUCCUUUUUUUCCCCCUUUCUAUCCAAUGAUAAAAUUCUAGUCAAAUUCCUGAUAUUUUAGUCUUUCUUCUUUUUAUUUAAUCAUUGAAUGGAAUCAGUCAACUACUUUUAACAUAUUGACAUCAUGACGAUUUCUUUAAGAAUCGUUCAUCUCGAUCAUUACAUGGCUAUCCCAGAUCGCUUUGAUCGCAAAGAUUGUCCAUUCACAAAUCAAAAAAUACAAAAAACACCUGUGCUGCGAAUUUUUGGAUCUAUCGCAGGACAACAAAAAAUAUGUGUUCAUAUUCAUCAAGUCUAUCCUUACUUUUUUAUACCUUAUGAUUUACCAAUUCAUGGUGAUAUUGAACGAGACAUGUUUGAGUUUGGAACAAGUCUAAAUGAGGCUAUGAAUUUAGCUACACAUACCAAUAAGCCCCAUAUUGCAGCCAUCAUUUUGACCAAGGGCAAGGCGUUUUAUGGCUUUUGUCAAACAUAUCAACUCUUUCUCAAGAUUUAUUUUUUAGAUCCUCAAGAGAAGCAACAGAUGUUGGACAUCUUGCAGUCAGGUGCUAUGACUAAAGUCUAUCAACCUUAUGAAGCACAUCUUAAUUUUGAACUACAAUUUUUGAUCGAUCAUAAUUUAUAUGGCAUGGAUUGGAUGCAUGUGGACGAUCAAGAGGCUCAGUAUCGAUCAGCGUCCGGAUUUGGUGAUAAUGGAAUACAACGUCAAAGCUAUUGUGAGUUAGAGAUGGAUAUGAAUGCGAUAGCUAUUUUAAAUAGAAGAGAUCUGAUUAACAGUGAAAAUCAAAAUGCAACAAAGCUUGUCAAAUCGCUCGAAACUAUUUGGAGAGAUGAAUUAGAUCGUCGUCGGGAGAGAGGUAUAAAGGAUCCUAUACCAUCUGUCACUCAAAUAAAGGAUCCAGUUGAUCCAGAACCAUGGCUAUCCGAGUCUAUAUUCCGAAAGAGACUAGAAAAGAUGUUGAAUAAUGAUGCAAAAGAAAUACCUAAAAAGGAACCAGUUAUGUUGGAAAACAUCAUGACAACCUUUGAGGCUGUUGAGGCUCUUUAUAAACCUAAAGCCCAAAGACAUCCCUUUCAUAUAUCAUCAACAACUCAUGAAUGGGAACUACUACCUUCUCAAUUAGACAAGGACAUCCUGAACUCUUUCAUUGAGGAAAGUAUAUUAGAAGAGGGAAAAGAUGAAGAGCAGCAACAACAAGUCAGUAGUGCGGAUAAUGAUGAUUAUUCGUAUUUUGAUGACGAGGACGAAGAAGAAACCAAUGAAAUUCUUACACAAUGGUUAGAAGAGGCAAACAUUUUAUCUCAAAAUAAUAAUAACAAUACUGAGAAACAAAAGUCUUCAAAUGUAAAUGAAGAGGAGUCAUUUCAAAUCAGUGAUAUACCUCCUGACCCAAUGUUUCAUAUCAAAAAAAGACAGCCCACAACAAGGUUAGUGUCUAGAAUUGAACAAGUUGACGGACUAAAUGAUUCAAAUGUGGUUAAACAAAAGAAGCUCAAAACAGCAGCUGAACUAUGGGAAGAGGAGAAGAGAGUAUUAAAACGAAUGAGAUUAAAAAAAUCAGAAACGGACAUGCAGAUACGGAAGCAAAGAUUAAAUGCUACGAUGGUAAAAUCAUCGACUAUCACAAUUCACCCGACUGACACUCAUGAACAAAGAUCAGAAAUACAACAAGAGGAUGCGUAUCUUCAGAAAGUUAGUGUCGUCAUUCAUCGAUAUCCUGAAAGGAAACAAAAGACAUCAAAUCACCACCGGUUACAAACAAAACAAACUCUUAUUCAGGAGCCAAAGGUUGUGAUUGUUCAACAUAAAAAGUCACAAAGUAUAAAGUCUAGCCUUCUAAUUGAAACAGAUAAAUCAUCAAAAUAUAGCACCAAGAAGACUACCAUGCUUAAUGAUGAUAAAGAAAAGGCACAGAAAACGCCUGAAAAUCAAGUUAUAAUGCGACCUGCUACUCAGCAUACCUUAGGGGAAAAAGACCACAAAUCUACAAGUAGAGCGCAUACUUCUAUUUGUCAUGCUGAAGAAGAUAAAAUACUAUAUAAUGCCGAACAAUCAAUUAAGCAUAAAUCCUUUCAACCAUCAACAUCAACAUCAACUGGUUUAUGCCCAAUAAUAUCACCACCAUUUGAUAUGAUGACUCAAAGUAGUGAGGUUGAUGAUGAUACAGUCUUUAACAAUACUAUAGAGAAUAAUCAACAAACUGGUUACAAUGUUCGAGAAUUUGUCUACAAUCAUGCGCCUCCUUUUAUUAAACAAUUUUCAGGGCCUAUUUCUUACCGAGAGCCAUUUUAUAGCAAGGCAUCUGAUCGGCCUAGCUUUCCAACUGUCUUUGCAGGUAAAGAGUUUAAGUUGCCUAUUGGUGAACAACUCCUUGAGGAAUUUAAAAGUACCUAUCAUGUUCCAACUCGACACCCAACUACACAUAUUAAAUCAUGGACAUUAAGCAGACCACCACCCUCCUUUCAUGAAGUUCAGCAGUGGAUUGAUGAUCCUAAAGAUUCCUUAGAAGAUAGUGCUCAACCUCAUCUCCAUCACUCUGCUUCCUCUAACCCAUUUCAAUAUAGUGCAACAAAACCCAAAGCGCUGACAAGAAAUGAAGAUGAAAUGGUUACUUUUUUCAGUUUGGAAGUACACGUAAACACUAGAGAAGGAUUGCUUCCUGAUCCACAAUACGAUGCUGUCCAACUUGUAUUUUGGUGUCUGAAAAAGGAUUUGACAUCUAAAGAAGGGAAGAUUGGAUUGAUUGCUAUGCAUAAUUUUAAUACUUCAAAAAUUGGUUUAAACUGUGAUGGAUUAAUUGUGGAUUAUGUACAAGAUGAAAAGCAUUUAAUUUCUCUAUUAAUUGAAAAAGUGCGAUAUUAUGAUCCUGACAUGUUGGUAGGCUAUGAAGUUCAGAAUGGGUCUUGGGGAUAUCUUAUAGAAAGAGGAGCACAAUUAGGAUUCCAUUUAUUGGAUGAAUUGUCAAGAGUAAUUGUAACGUCUGAAAGUAUCAAAAGAGAUGAAUGGGGUUAUAAAAAGGCAUCUAUGUAUAAAGUCUUGGGUCGCCAUUUACUUAAUGUCUGGCGAAUUUUAAAACAUGAACUUACACUUACAAGCUAUACUAUUGAAAAUGUUGCAUAUCAUUUAUUACAUACCAGAAUACCUUAUUAUUCUCAUUCUACCUUAACAAAUUGGUAUUCAAAGGGAAUUCCUAUACUUAAAAAUCAUUUAAUAAAAUAUUAUACAAGACGUGUUCAACUUAAUCUUGAUCUACUUGACGCCUCUCAAGUUAUUAGUCGCACAUGUGAAUCAGCACGUAUUUAUGGUAUUGAUUUUUAUGCCGUCCUUACUAGGGGAUCACAAUAUGUUGUCGAGUCUAUUCUCUUCCGUAUUGCUAAACUUGAAAAUUAUGUCCUUAUUACACCCAAUCGAAAGCAAGUAGCCGCUCAACGGUCUUUGGAAGUUUUACCUCUAGUGAUGGAGCCUAUCUCACGAUUCUAUAGUAGUCCUAUGGCUGUUCUUGAUUUCCAAAGUUUAUACCCAUCAGUCAUGAUUGCCUAUAACUACUGUUAUUCCACUUGUUUAGGAAGAAUUCGAAAGUCAGAAGAUAAUGAUUUGAGGUUUGGUGUACUUGAUUCAUUUGAACCUGAUAAAGAGACUUUAAAUGACUUGAAAGAUUAUAUUCAUAUAUCACCCAAUGGCGUCAUGUUUGUUAAACCAGAGAUACGUAAAAGUACAUUAGCCAAGAUGCUAGAGGAGUUAUUGGACACAAGAGUGAUGGUGAAAAGAGCGAUGAAAGAUUAUGAAGAUGAUCCUGGACUUUUACGUAUGUUAAACGCUAAACAAAUGACACUUAAACUGGUAGCCAAUGUGACUUAUGGUUAUACAUCUGCUUCAUUCUCUGGUAGAAUGCCCUGUGUAGAAAUAGCUGACAGUAUUGUAGCUACAGGACGUGAGAUUUUAGAAAGGACGAUCCGAUUGAUUAAUGAAACAAAAGAUUGGGGGGCCCAAGUUGUCUAUGGAGACACUGAUAGCGUCUUUGUUUAUUUCCCAGGUAAAUCUAAAGAGGAAGCCUUUAAGCUAGGGAAUGAGAUUGCCAAUACUGUUACACGCUUAUAUCCUACACCUGUCAAGCUUAAGUUUGAAAAAAUCUAUCAUCCCUCAGUACUUUUAGCCAAAAAAAGAUAUGUUGGCUUUAAAUAUGAGUCAUCUCAGAAUACAACUCCUAUCUUUGAAGCCAAAGGAAUUGAAACAGUGAGAAGAGAUGGUACAGCUGCGACACAAAAGAUUUUAGAGUCUAGCUUAAAAAUUUUAUUUCGAACACAAGAUAUGUCAGAAUUAAAAGAAUUUCUUUAUGAAGAAUGGACCAAGAUACUAUCUAAUCGAGUUUCGUUACAAGAUUUUAUUAUUUCAAAGGAAGUGAGAAUGGGUACAUAUGCAGGUCAGGGACCAAACGGAGCAGUUAUAGCUAGAGCUAAUAUAAAUCUGGAUCCAAGAGCAGAACCUCAAUAUAAUGAACGAGUUCCUUAUGUUGUGGUUUAUCGAGGACCUAAUGCACGAUUAAGGGAUAAAGUAGUUCGCCCAGAGACUUUAUUAAAUGACAGCUCUUUAAGACUGGAUGCUGAAUACUAUAUUCGAAAACAAGUUAUUCCUCCUUUAAGUAGGGUAUUCAACUUGAUGGGUGUAAACAUUUUAAGCUGGUAUGAGUCUAUGCCACAAACAAAAAAAGCAGAAGCAAUGGCUUUAGCACAAAUUAUGGGAGGACAGCAAAGAAGAAACUUGAAUAGAAUUGAUCAAUAUUAUGCAAGUUUACAUUGUAUUGUAUGUUCUAAACUAACAGAUCAACAGUCACUUUGUAAACAAUGUCAAGAGAAUCCUAUGCAUACUAUUUUUACUUUAACGACAAGACAGAAAUUAGCUCAACAGAAAUUGAAAAGGCUACUUUCGGCUUGUCAAGCAUGUUCCAAGUUACCUUUAAUUCAUGACUUUGAUGGUCUUUUAAAUGUUCCUUGUGAGUCGUUAGAUUGUCCUAUUUUUUAUCAAAGAUUAAAAGCCAAAGAAGAUGUUCAGAUAACCUUAAGUUAUGAUACCCUUAUUCAAGAAAGAUUUAAAAUUACAUAAUUUAAUCUCCCCAUACACACACACACACACACAUGUAUAAACAUAAACAUUUAAUUACAAAAUAAAAUAAGAUAAAGAAGUUCUCUCUCCCCCUUGCUUACACAAAAU